AUAUUAAUAAAAAAUAAAGAUAAUUAUAAAUAAAGGAAAAUACACGUUUACAUUUAGAAAUUUAUUUACAAUCUCUUUCUUUCUUAACGCACGCGCGUAUUAUAUUUUCAAUAACUAUAUAUAAACACCUGUUAUGAACGCUCGCGCUCAAUGAUACCAUUAAGCAUUCACGGAGAAACAUGUUAUUUCUCAGGAAAGUCAAUAUUGUAAUUUCAACAAUAAUUACCUGUCAACAAUCUGACAAGAAUGAAUAUAUGGAGUUGAAACUAAUAUUUGAUAUCAUAUCCUUUUAGUAAUAAAAACCAGAGAAAGAAAGAGAGUAUACUGCAAUAAAUAUUAAUAAAGCAGUGUUUUUCUUCUUCGCUCGCAACUCAUUUAAAAUCAUUUGGAAUUUAUUUAGACGAAGAAAAUGUAUUGUAAUGUAGAUGUUGUGGUACUUUUUAUAUAUCUCUAAUUUUACUUAUCUUCAUUUCUAAUAAUAUUUAAAAUAUAUAUAUAUCAACCGAAAAUGUGCAUGCAAUGGAACAACAAUAAUGAAUGAUGAAUCAUCGAUAAUGUCUCGAAUAAAGUUUUUCACUUUAUUCUGUUAAUAUUCAUAUAUAAUAAUGAAAGGUGAUAAGAAAGAAAAGUAAAUGUGCAAGUUGAAUAUUGGUUUUUAUUUUUUUAGUGUGAUUCUCUUUGUGUUUGAUCGAUUACUCGUAGGAAAGCAACAAAAAAAUAUAGAUCGAAUUGUUUUGUUCACAAAUACGAUACAACUAAAUUAGAAGAUCGAUUGAAAGAUGGAGGUAAAACGAGUAGAAGAAAAAAGGAAAAUUCUGUUUAACAAUGAACUUUGCCAAGCAAUCUUUCCGAUAUAUUAUCUUGGUAAAUUGUGUGGCUUGAUUCCAGUAAGAUUUUUUGUGCAUACUUCUGAAGGAUGUCAGGCUCGUUUAAAUAUUAUAGAUCUUAUCUAUAGUUUAUGUGUACUUAUAUUACUACUUAGUGCGGAAAUUUGGGGUUUGUGGCGAGAUUUAAAAGAUGGUUGGGAAUAUAGUACCAGAUUAAAAUCUCGAACAGCAGUAAUCGCAACUUGUAGUGAUGUACUUGGGGUAAUGAGUUUAACUGUGGUUUGUAUUGUUGGCUCUCCUUUCCGUUGGAAAUAUUUGCAACUUGUUAUAAACAAAUUAAUUGAGGUGGAUGAAAAGAUCGGUGUAUCAUCUGCAAAAGCGACUCGAAGAUUCACGAUUGUACUAACAAUAUGUAGCCUAAGUUAUCUCUGGUUCAAUUCAAUUAUAGAUUUUUACACAUGGAAUCGUAAAACAAAAGUCAAUAAUAAAGCGAUGACCGGCAAAGGUCCCAUUAAUUAUGCACCUCUAUAUUUCAUGUAUACAGUAAUUAUUUCGACAGAAAUUCAAUACAGUGUCUCAACAUAUAACAUAGGACAAAGAUUCAUUCGUUUAAAUACUAGUCUCAAGGAUUUGUUUAAUGCAAAUAGCAACAACAAUGACAAUGCAAUGGAUUAUUUUCGAAAAUAUCCUGAGACAGCUGAUGAUAUAGACGACAAAAAAAGAUGGAACCUCAAACCAAAACGUCAAAUUGUAUUAGGCAGCUAUAGACUAUCGCGAAAAUUAGAUGAAAAUAAAAUGUACGUAAACAACAUAUCUGAAUUGAUAAUGGUUCAUUCUUCGCUUUGUGAUGCAGUCUCUCUUGUAAACAGUACAUUUGGUGUUGUGAUAUUGGCUGUUACUGUAACCUGUUUAUUACACCUAGUCAUCACACCAUAUUUUUUAAUAUUACAAGCUGGUGAAAGACAUGAAUGGAUAUUUCUGAUUGUACAAGGUGGAUGGUGCAUCUUUCAUAUAACUAGAAUGCUGAUAAUUGUUCAACCUAGUUAUUCUACAAUUGCAGAGGGAAAAAAAACGGCAGUUCUCGUUAGCCAGUUACUUUCUUGUAGUUUUGAAGCAAAUGUCCGACGUGAAUUAGAAAUAUUUUCGCUUCAAUUGUUGCAUCGGCCUCUCGAAUUUUCAGCAUGCGGACUUUUUUCCUUGGAUAGAAAUUUAAUAACAUCGAUUGCAGGAGUUGUGACGACGUAUCUUGUUAUUCUGAUACAAUUUCAAAAUGCAGAUGACACAAAGGACGAUUUCGAUAUUAUAAGAAAUGCAACACAGAUUUUAAAGAAUGCAUCACCGCUUCAGAAUUUUACCGGAUUGAAGACCAUUGUAUAAAA